GCGAAGUUUCAAGUCCUUGGUGGGCGAAUCCCCUCGUGCUUCUUGAGUCAUUUAUUGUGAGCAACAGGUAUAUUUAAUGCCCCUCCGGAGCCUUGAACCUUGAGCUAUAUUGAUUUCUCUCACCUUCUCAUCUGUCUGGGUUCUCUGUACUAAUCUCUGUUGCCCUCAAGCAGCUCCAAUGGCCUCCCCCGCCCAACCCGCAGCCUCUGUGGUCGCUUUCGCCCGCAUGCUGAAGGGACAAGUGCGCUCCUACUCUGCGCCUGCCGACAUAGCUAUUCCCGCGAGCAAGCGAAAGUAUAUUCCCUCUUCCGGUACCUAUCCAAAAGGAUUCCUUGUCUCUGGAACCCAUGUGGGCGUGAAAGCCUCCAACACCAAGUUUCCAGAUCUAGCCUUGAUCUCCUCCGAAACCCCAUGCUCCGCAGCGGCUGUUUUCACCACCAACAAGUUCCAGGCGGCCCCCGUCCAGAUUAGCAAGAAUAUCCUUGCUACUCGCAGGGGUGAGGGCAUCCGAUCCGUGGUUAUCAACUCUGGCUGUGCCAAUGCCGUGACAGGCAAAGGCGGCCUAGAGGAUGCCGCAAACAUGUCCGCGAAGGUCGACGAAUGCAACGGGCUGAGCGAGUCUAAAAGCACCCUCGUCAUGAGUACAGGCGUCAUCGGACAACGACUCCCCAUCUCCAAAAUCCUCGACAAGAUCCCGGCUGCCCAUGCAAGUCUCUCCUCAACCCACGAUGCCUGGCUCACCACCGCGCGGGCUAUCUGCACAACCGAUACCUUCCCCAAACUCAUCUCGCGCACCUUCACCUUGCCCUCAUCUCCCGGCCACACCUACAGCCUGGCCGGAAUGACGAAAGGCGCUGGCAUGAUCCAUCCCAACAUGGCAACCCUCCUUGGCGUAAUCUGCACGGAUGCCCCCAUCGCCCCCUCCGCUCUCUCCUCGCUGCUCCAAUUCGCUGUCCCACGCUCCUUUAACUCCAUCUCCAUUGACGGCGACACCAGCACAAACGACACCGUCGCCAUCCUCGCCAACGGCGCCGCAGGCGGCUCCACAAUCGCAUCCACUUCCUCCGCUGAUUACACCGCCAUGCAAGAAAUCCUAACUUCCUUCGCGCAGUCCCUGUCGCAGCUUGUCGUGCGCGACGGCGAGGGCGCCACGAAAUUCGUCACGGUCCGCAUCCAGAAUUCCCCCGACUACGCCUCCGCGCAGCUCAUCGCAUCCACAAUCGCUCGUUCCCCGCUCGUCAAGACAGCCCUGUACGGCCGUGACGCGAACUGGGGCCGCAUUCUCUGCGCAAUUGGAUACACCCAGGGUGUGGCACCAGGCACUGUUAUUCCUGAGCGCACAAGCGUCAGCUUCAAACCUGUUGAUGGAAGCCCUGUCCUGAAGUUGCUUGUAAACGGCGAGCCGGAGCAGGUGGACGAGGAGCGUGCGAGCGUGAUUCUCCAGGAGGAGGACCUAGAAAUCGUGGUUGACCUUGGUGGCGGGGAGAAGGGUGAGAAGGGCUGUGGUGGUGAGGAGGGUGUGUACUGGUUCUGUGACUUUAGUCACGAGUAUGUUACUAUUAACGGCGACUAUAGAACUUAGGGUAUUUAGGUUGUCUGUCCCCUUGGUCGAUAUCUAGCAGGAGUGAGCUGAGAUAAGCUAUAUAUAUAUAUAUACAUCUGAUCUGAUCUCACAUGGUCGAGAAUAGCAGAUCCGUCUCUCUCUUUCUCUCUCUCUCUCUAUUUUUAUGUCUUUCAAUUACGGUGUACAAUGAGCUGAAACUGUUCUUGGAUCGUGGAAAAGUAUCUACCUCGGUUUUCCUUCGUCCCUGAAUCCGAAGAUCCCAUACCUACAGAACUACGGAAGCAAUUACAAUUACUCAUUUGGACAGAGCACAGUACCA